GCAUAGGCAAAUGUAAAAUAUUCAAUACGUGGUUUGCUUUAAAAGUUUUAUUGUUUCAGAACAAAGAUUGUAUGGAUAUAUAAAUGAACAAUUCUAUCUUAUAAUCAGUCAUUCUUGCAUUUUUCUUCCCUGAUUGAGAAGCUACUAACUGAAAGCAACAAUGAAAGCAUUCUACGUUUUGCUUGUUCUCAGCUUGAUUGCUGCUGCCAUGUCAGCAACUCCAUCAGCUUGCAGACUCCAAAGAAAGAUGGUCAAAGACGCUGGUGACAAGAAAGCUUUCAUGCCUCGAUGUGAGAAAAACGGUGACUAUGCUCCAAUUCAGUGCAGGGAUGGAUGGUGCUGGUGCGCUGACAAAAAUGGCAACAUGUUGGGCAAGUCCCAAAAAGGAAAGCCAGACUGCAAGAAACACUAAAUCACUUGAACAGUGUUUGAUAUCUGAAUUGGCAAUGAGAACGCAUUAAAAAAAAAUUUGAAUUAAAA